GUUUUAUCUGAUUGUGUCUUUAGCUUGCAAUUUAUAAUUAAUUUAGCACACUUCUGUUUCCGCAUAUCAGUCAUCUUAAAAGCUUACACAUUUUACAACCUUUGCGAGACUUACCGGCUUCUUCGGUGUUCGAUAGCUUCAGAAUAAAGACUUCAUAGUUGGUUGUUGUUACACACGUUUUAUUAAUCGGAAUCCAAUGCGACGCACCGCGCAUUGAAUUGACAUUCUUUUGGAUAUUUUUUGAGCAGUCGAUAGACAUUUAAACAAACGAUGCUUAUAAGUUUGGAUUCAAAAUCAAAUAUUACAACAAAUUUAAAAGUGGAAGUUAGACUCAUUGAAUUAUGAAGUGGAGAAACCGAAUUCAAGGGAAAAGUUGUGUAUUUGUUAGUUAAAAAGUGUCUUUAUAUUUUAGAGAAGAAAAGAAUGCAGACAAUUUAAAGUUGUGCCAUGGACUAUUGGACGAAAAUGGAAGUACAACUUCUUUUGGUGGUGGUGGUGAUUAUUUUUGGAUUCUUACCGCCUACAAAUGCUACUCCUGUCCAAAAAGGAAAAGAAGAAGCAGCAAAACCUGAACAAACAAUGAGCAUUGGUCCAUGCAAAUGGAUUAUCAGCCGACAAUGUCCCGAUGAUGAUGUUAAAUUUUAUUUAUUUACUCGACAAAAUAUGAUGGAUCGCCAAAGAAUUUAUAUUGAUAAAACUUUAGAAAAAUCAAAUAUUAGCCAAUCAUUUUUUAAUCCAGAUCAUCCAACUAAAAUUAUUAUUCAUGGCUAUAAUUCGAAUAUGUUUUUAGAUAUGUUAUUUGAGAUGAAAGAUGAAUAUUUACAAAAAGGUGAAUACAACAUUAUAUAUGUUGACUGGAGUGUCCUUGGUCCUGGCCCAUGUUAUUUCAGUGCUGCUCAGAAUACAAAACAUGGCGGAGCUUGUACCGCACAAUUAGUCGAAAGGAUUUUGGAUAUGGGAUCAGGAGAUGUUCAUGUAAUAGGGUUUUCACUUGGAGCUCAAUUGGCAAAUUAUAUUGCUAGAAAUUUAGGAUUCUUUUUGCUUCCCCGGAUAACUGGUCUUGAUCCAGCUUUGCCAUUAUUCAUAACUUCGUCAACAGAUGAUAAACUUGAUGCUACUGAUGCUGAAUUUGUUGAUGUAAUUCACACAAAUGCCUUUGUCCAGGGAAAGUUGGAAAGGUGUGGUCAUCUAGAUUUUUAUAUGAAUGGUGGAAUAUAUCAACCUGGUUGCUCAGGAAACAUUUUUGCAUGCAGCCAUCAGCGAGCACCAGCUUAUUUCUUAGAAUCAAUUCGUUCUACAAAAGGUUUUUGGGGUUGGGCAUGCAGCUCAUACAUUUCGUAUUUACUAGGAUUUUGUCCACCAACAAAUUAUCUUGUUGAAGCUGGUGAAAAUGCAAAUCCAAUGUAUAAUGGAUUUUUCCUAAUAACAACUUCGAAUUCAACUCCAUUUGCUUUGGGGAAAUGGACAGAUUUGCCUGAUAGAACCAAAAAUACUUAUACACUGUCACAAAAGCCUGUAACUCGACAUAGUCCUUUGUUAAAAGAAGUUGACGAAUGGGGAAAGUUAGAAGGAAAUUUCAAUAAUAUUAUGAAUUUUCCAACUCCUUAUUCACAAGACCCUAAUGGAGAGACAUGGCCAUAUUUUGGACGAUCUGGAACGAAGGAAAUCACCCAGGAAUUAAAGGAACCAAUUUCUGAUAGUUCGACAGUAAGAACAAUAAAUAAAAAUAAUAGACAAAAUUUACGCACAAAAAAUCGUCACAAGGAAAAUAAAGUAACGAAUGAUGAUGAUGGUGGAGUUUGGCCAUCGUACAGAAGGAACCUUACAAUGGGCUUUAUAGAUAAAAGUGUAUUUCAAGUGCCUAAAUUAAACAGUAGUUAA